AUGGAUCUGUGGCGCCGCCUCACGAACAAGGGAUCCUCCGUUCCGAGACAAUCGGACACGUCGUCGAGAUGCGUAACAGACAGCGUGUCCGGGACGCACGACUUCGUGGUCGCAAACUACUCGCGGAUCAGGGACCUCCCGGAGGGCGAUUCCGUGAUGUCCGGCACCUUCACCAUCGGCGGCUGCGAUUGGUUUCUCUGCUUCUACCCGCGCGGAGCGUUCUGGAGCACCGCCUUCCACACGGAGGAGUACAGGGGCUACGUGGCGGCGUCUGUGCAUCUCCGCAAAACAGAGGCGCCCGGGAUGGUGACGGCAAGGGUCACCAUAGGACUGGUGGACCGCCACGGGGAGAUGAAGAACAUCACGACGUCGGACGCGUACAACUUCACCCCCGGGGUAUCCCAGAAAUUUCAUGAGUUUACGCGCAAAUCCAAGCUGACAUCGCGGCGGUACCUCAAAGAUGAUUGCGUGACGAUCAGGUGCGUCAUCACCGUCCUCACGCCCCGCACGGAAGCCACUAGGGCUGUCCCGGCCACCGCUGCUCCGCUGCCGGAAUUGAACGGCCACCUCGAGCGCAUGCUCAGAGACGGCAAAGGCACAGAUGUGGUGAUCGAGGUCGGCGGGCAGGCGUUCUGUGCACACAGGUGCGUGCUCGCCGCACGGUCGCCGGUCUUCGAUGCCGAGCUCUUCGGUCCGAUGAAGAGGAAAGACACAGAUGAGCGCAUCCGUAUCGAGGACAUGGAGCCGACGGUCUUCGAGUCGCUUCUCCACUUCAUCUACACGGACUCCCUGCCGGGCAACGGGGAAGGCUCCAGCACGGCGGUGACGCAGCACCUGCUGGUGGCCGCAGAUCGGUACGGGGUGGAGAAACUCAAGCAUGCCUGUGACAUGAAGCUACGCGCAACCUUGGACGUGGAGACUGUCGCGACGACGAUGGUGCUUGCCAAGCAGCACCACUGCCCGCUGCUCACCGAUGCGUGCAUCACAUUUAUGGUGUCAUCCCGGAAAGUGCUGGCCGGCGUUGCGGCGACCGAAGGGUUCAAGCACUUCACGGCGAGCAUCCCCCUCGAAAAUCAGAUUGAGAUACUAGGGAAAGUGUCACACUAA